CAGCAUCACCAACCCCGCUAUAUAACCUGAGAGCCCGGGCGGCCAGGACACGAGGAAUUCGCCCCACGCAGAAGGCACGGCAUCCGGAGGCCCCAGGGUUAUGAGACCAUCACUGCUCAGGACCUACUAACAACUGCAGGAAACCGAAACAUGACCAAAUCAUACAGCGAGAGCGGGCUGAUGGGUGAGCCUCAGCCCCAGGGUCCUCCCAGCUGGACAGACGAAUGUCUCAGUUCUCAGGACGAGGAGCACGAGGCAGACAAGAAAGAGGACGACCUCGAAGCCAUGAACGCGGAAGAGGACUCACUGAGGAACGGGGGAGAGGAAGAGGACGAAGACGAGGAUCUGGAAGAGGAGGAAGAAGAGGAAGAGGAGGAUGACGAUCAAAAGCCCAAGAGACGGGGCCCCAAAAAGAAGAAGAUGACCAAGGCGCGCCUUGAGCGUUUUAAGCUAAGGCGCAUGAAGGCCAACGCCCGGGAACGGAAUCGCAUGCACGGGCUAAACGCGGCUCUGGACAACCUGCGCAAGGUGGUGCCCUGCUAUUCCAAGACGCAGAAGCUGUCCAAAAUCGAGACGCUGCGCCUGGCCAAGAACUACAUCUGGGCUCUGUCGGAGAUCCUGCGUUCGGGCAAAAGCCCUGAUCUGGUCUCCUUCGUACAGACUCUCUGCAAGGGCUUAUCCCAGCCCACCACCAACCUGGUUGCCGGCUGUCUGCAGCUUAAUCCUCGGACUUUUCUGCCUGAGCAGAACCAGGACAUGCCUCCGCACCUGCCUACCGCCAGCGCUUCCUUCCCUGUGCACCCCUACUCUUAUCAGUCGCCAGGGCUGCCCAGUCCGCCCUACGGUACCAUGGACAGCUCCCACGUCUUCCACGUUAAGCCGCCGCCGCACGCCUACAGCGCUGCGCUAGAGCCCUUCUUUGAAAGCCCCCUGACUGAUUGCACCAGCCCUUCCUUUGACGGACCCCUCAGCCCGCCGCUCAGUAUCAAUGGCAACUUCUCUUUCAAACACGAACCAUCCGCCGAGUUUGAGAAAAAUUAUGCCUUUACCAUGCACUAUCCUGCAGCGACCUUGGCAGGGGCCCAAACCCACGGAUCAAUCUUCUCGGGCGCCGCUGCCCCUCGCUGCGAGAUCCCUAUAGACAAUAUCAUGUCCUUCGAUAGCCAUUCACAUCAUGAGCGAGUCAUGAGUGCCCAGCUCAAUGCCAUCUUUCACGAUUAGAGGCACUUCAGUUUCACCAUCCCCGGGAAACGUACCCACUGUGCUUACAGUGACUGUGGUGUUUACAAAAGGCAGCCCUUUGGGUACUAUUGCUGCAAAGUGCAAAUACUCCAAGCUUCAAGUGAUAUAUGUAUUUAUUGUCGUUACUGCCUUUGGAAGAAACAGGGGAUCAAAGUUCCUGUUCACCUUAUGUAUUAUUUUCUAUAGCUCGUCUAUUUUAAAAAAGUAAUACGGUUAAAAAAAAAAAUGCACCACAAAUUUGGUGUAGCUGUAUUCAGAUCAUAUUAAUUAUCUGAUCGGGAUAACAAAAUCACAAGCAAUAAUUAGGAUCUAUGCAAUUUUUAAACUAGUAAUGGGCCAAUUAAAAUAUAUAUAAAUAUAUAUUUUUCAACCAGCAUUUUACUACUUGUUACCUUUCCCAUGCUGAAUUAUUUUGUUGUGAUUUUGUACAGAAUUUUUAAUGACUUUUUAUAAUGUGGAUUUCCUAUUUUAAAACCAUGCAGCUUCAUCAAUUUUUAUACAUAUCAGAAAAGUAGAAUUAUAUCUAAUUUAUACAAAAUAAUUUAACUAAUUUAAACCAGCAGAAAAGUGCUUAGAAAGUUAUUGUGUUGCCUUAGCACUUCUUUCCUCUCUAAUUGUAAAAAAAAAAAAAAAAAAAAAA